AUGGGUUACGGAGACUGGACCGAGCUCGAGAUCAAGAACAAGAGCGGCAAGGAGCUGAGCCUCCGCAACUGCCAACACGAAUGGGGCAAAUUCUACUUCUGUGAGAGUGGAUCCGACAAGAACAGAGAGAUCUCCAUCGACGAACUCAACAGCAAGAAGAUCGCUCCAGGAGGCAGCUACCGCUUCGGCGCCUGUGGCAAGGAAAACAGCCUGUCUGGCUGCGACGGCUUCGUCGAACUUUGGGAUGCCGAGACCAACGUGAUGGCGGCCAAAGUCAGGUACUUCUCGCCCCAUGGCACCUCCUACAACCGGAUGGACAUCGACUGCCCGAACGAGGGGUGGAAUUGCUCCCAGACCGGAGGAUACUUGGGCAAUGACCAGCCCCUUGGCAAUGUCAAGGUCACUGUGUCGACCUACUGA